AUGCUUCAAGCGCCUCAGGAGAGUGCCGUGACCCGCCGCGCCUUGGACCAGUCCAGCCGUUACGCCGACCUGUCCUUGGAUGAGGCAACCCUGGUCAAGAACGGCAAGCACGUGCUGGUUGCCUACAUCAUGAAGCCCAAGGCUGGAUACGACUACCUGGCCACGGCCGCCCACUUCGCCGCGGAGUCCUCCACUGGAACCAACGUGAACGUGUGCACUACCGAUGAUUUCACCAAGUCCGUCGAUGCCUUGGUCUACUACAUUGACCCGGACAGCGAGGAAAUGAAGAUC